AUGGUGCGUGGUGGGUCGAAGCUGUGGCUGCCUGAGAAGGAAAAACGUUCAUUAUUUAUUGCUGUCAAGACAUACUUCUUCGGAUUGCUUUCCAAAGGUGAGACACAUCUAUCUAUCUAUCUAUCUAUCUAUCUAUCUAUCUAUCUAUCUAUCUCAGAUUUAGCUAUUAAACCCGGUUUCUAUUCCUCUCAAUGUCUUUGCCUUUCUCUCUCUCUCUCUCUCUCUCUCUAUCUAUCUAUCUAUCUAUCUAUCUUUCUAUCUUUCGCCUUAGUUUUGCGUCUGUCUUUAAGUCAGUCUGUCGGUCUCUGUUCCUCUAUCUCGCUCGCUCUCUCGCUAUUUAUCUCGCUACCUCUUUCUACCUCUCUCUCACCCACUCUCUCUCUCUCUCUCUCUCUCUCUCUCUCUCUCUCUCUCUAUCUAUCUAGUAUUUUUAUAUCUAUCUUGCUCGGGUUUCCUAUCUAUCUAUCUAUCUAUCCAAGUCUCUUUGUCUCUAUCUCUCCAAGUCUUUUUUAUCUAUUUCUCCAAGUCUCUUUCUAUCUAUCUAUCUAUCUAUCUAUCUAUCUAUCUAUCUAUCUAUCUAUCUAUCAUUUUGUUUGCAUGUCAAUUUGCCUGUUUCAAUCUCUUUUCCUGUGA